AUGGGAAACCCAUAACAGAGAUCAUCUGCAGUCGCAUUACAGAGGAAGCCAUGGAUUUGUCUUCGUGGCUUCGUGGAAAUAUAAAAAAAACAAGGAAGUCUGAUUCAGUGAAACGUCAAGAAGAGGUUCUUGGAGUGACAGACCAAUUAAUUGAUACUGUCAAGUCCUUCUCCUUUCAUACCUUCAAGAAUUUCCCUCUCCAAGAUGAUCAGGGAAUUAAUGGUGGUGAUAAUUCUCAGGCAACUUCAACUAACAUUGGGAAGGAUCUUUCUGAAUGGCAGGAGCGACACGCAAUGCUUGUGCUCUCAAAAGUGAAGGAACUUUCGCAACUUAGGUAUAGGCUGUGCCCUGGCCACUUGAAGGAGCAACAGUUCUGGAGAAUCUAUUUCAUGCUUGUCAAAAGCUAUGUGGCAGAAUAUGAGAACUCUUUAGAUACUAGCGCAUGUGAAGUUGAAUUGGCAGAGACAAAGCAACCAAUAAAUGGACCACCUCCAACUCCUUCAGACGACAACUAAGAUUCUCUCUUCAUUGGAACUAGAAAUGGGGGAGCAGACAGGAUAAAUGGCCGAGAGAAGAUAUUAGAUUUAGAACCUUAAAAGGAAUCUGAAGAUGGCCUUUGUGGGAAGACAAGCUUGUCAAGAUUUGAGAAAACUUUUCAGAAAUUUCUGGGGAAUUAUACCUCAAAACCCUGAAAAUCACUCAAAUUACCCUGCCUAACAAUUUGAAUAUCCAGCAUUUUUUAAAAUUGUUUUGUUGCUUUGUAAGUAGUAACAGGAAGAUACACAGUUUGAAAAUUCAACUAAUGAAAUGGGUUGAUCAAUCGAUACCUUUACACAUUCA